AUGCAUCCGGAUCCAAAGCGCGCGAAAGAUUGGAUCUCUCAUCGUCUGAAAUGGGCACGGAGCGAUCCUUACUCACGAGAGCAGCAAGCGGAUUUUGCAAAAUGGUACGCAUUUGGGAUAUGGGGCGAUGCACUAUGUCCAGGCUUUGAGCAUGAAGCAACCGCCACUGCCGCUGCCAACCCAUCGUACUGUAACCUUCCCAUUUUCCAUCAGCCACACAGCCUUCAUGUCACGCCUCCUAAUGGCUAUGUUUCAAGCGAUGGCCAUUGUUUUGAUUGCUCAAACCCAGCUCGGUUACAACAGGCUUAUCAUGUUGUUUUCGUAAUUGAUAGUUCUGGGUCUAUGGAUUCCGGAGACCGCACACCCCUCUCCAACACCCCCGUGACCACACUUUUGAGGGGACGCUGUAAUAAUAGGUACGGAGCAGUACUUUCUGCACUCCACAGCUUUUGGAGUACUCGUGAGACUGGGAACCCAAACACACAACCCCGUCAAGAUGCCUAUUCUGUCAUAACUUUCAAUAAUGCUCCUACGACACGGGUUGCCAAUGACCUUAGCAGUACCAUCGAUCAACUUCUCUCUCGGUUACUGCGAAUCUCGGCCAGCGGAGGAACCAAUUUCAACGCAGCGCUUUCUCACGCACGGACAUUAAUAGGAACCCAUUGGAAUAACAACAGGCAAGCGAGCUUUCAAUAUUCUUAG